AUGGUACCGAUCAUGUCUGGUUCACGACGUACCCCGACUGGUCGGCCCCGUGGCCGUCCUCCGGGGACAACCAACGCUGCUCGCGCCGCAAGGCUGGCCCUCCUUGCCGCCUCGGAACCACCACCCAAGAGACGCCGUUACAUUCCUGGCGGCCAGGGAGGCGGAGGCCGCUUCAUGGACGGUACAGAUCCGGACGCGAACGCGAACGAGACGUCCUCGCUCGGCCGAUCGAGAGCCCGAGACACCUCCAACAACACCACCAACAACAACGAAGCCUCCCCAUCACUAUUACCUAAGCGAGCGCGAAGCACGCGCACCAGGGCUACAACGGCCGACGACGAGAUAGAAUUUGGUUCCGCUGCUGCAAUGGCUGCCUCGGUCAAGCAGGUGGACGAUUACAAGCCCCGAGAGGAGCGCGGCUGGGAGGAAUUCCAUCCAAACCUCGACAUCGACCGCUGCCUGCUCGUCCUGCGGGCAGAAGAGGUGGACGGGCUUCCUCUCGAGCCAUCAGCCACCCCAGCCGUACAGGCACCAGGAACACCUCUCAAUGGGUCAUUGACUCCUUCUAAACAACCCAAUCCGGCUUCUACGGGGAACACGCCAAAUCCGCAGAACACAUCAGAACAGGCGGCCGCGGCUGAUGCCCCCAACGGAACACCCUCACGACGGUCUCGCAGACCAACACGCGACGUCGUCAGUGUAUAUAGCACACGACCACUCGAUUUUUCCACAGCUGUGACGCCUAAGACUCCCAAGGUGUUACCGAUCCAGAACCAGACAGCAAAAGAGCGACUAGAUUUGAAAUUACCCUCAUAUCGUAAAACAAAUCGCGUUGAAUUGUUUGAAAGCAAGACCUUUGGCCAAGCACGUUAUGUCGAUAAGGCGAUGAGCAAUGUCGGGUACCAGGAGAGCGACCACUUCAUUCGCCCAGAGCGACAACUAAUCAAGGCUACCGAGACCACUAUAGACGAAGACAUUGAUCCAUCGCUGAUGAAGCCUGAAGAUAACGUCCAGCAUGGCAGACUCGGCCGCGUUGAGUACGACAUGGACGAGCAGGAUGACAUGUGGCUCGAACACCAUAAUGCUCAGCGAAAGAACCAUGAGCUCGAGGCCAUCACUCGGGAGAUUUUUGAAAUAGCAAUGACGAAAAUUGACAAGGAAUGGCAUGCACUGGAGAAGAGGAUCCCCAAGCCGAACCCCAAGCCUCCACAGACACAUCGACCCAGGUCAAGCUCAGCUGUGGCCGUUAGCGGCGAGCCGCAAGCGGGCGACGAGCCCGACAGUAAGUGUGCCAUUUGCGAUGACGGCGACUGUGAGAAUACAAAUGCAAUUGUAUUCUGUGAUGGUUGCAACUUGGCAGUCCACCAGGAGUGCUACGGUGUGCCUUUUAUUCCCGAGGGCCAAUGGCUAUGCAGGAAGUGUCAGCUGUGUGGCCGAGGUGUGCCUACAUGCAUCUUCUGCCCCAACACGGAUGGCGCGUUCAAGCAAACCAACUCUUCUAAAUGGGCUCACCUUCUCUGUGCCAUGUGGAUACCCGAAGUCUGUCUCGGGAAUCAUACAUUCAUGGAGCCUGUCAUGGAUGUGGAAAAGGUGCCGAGGACGAGGUGGAAACUAAACUGCUACAUCUGCCACCAGAAAAUGGGAGCCUGCAUCCAGUGCAGCAACAAGAACUGCUACCAGGCAUUCCAUGUGACCUGUGCAAGGCGAGCCAGGCUCUAUCUUAAGAUGAAGACCAACACGGGGACUCUGGCCGUCCUGGAUGGCAAUGUGAUCCUCAAGGCAUUCUGCGACAGGCACUGCCCAGUCGACUAUACGGAGGAACAGAAGGUCCGCGAGGCCACCAAAGCAGCCAAGAAGUUUUACAAGCGCAACAUGAGAGGCCGCAUAUGGGCAGACAAUCACGCCGUGGCCAAUGUCAUUGCAGCACAGCAACGCAGCGCACUGCCAGACCAGUUCACCGAUGAAGUACAGCUGGCAGGACAGAGGGACAGUGGCAAUCCCAACGACAAGAAGAAGGGGCAGCCGCCAAAGAAUGUAUGGCGAAUGCCCUCGGGGGCGCCCGUCAUUCCCCAUGCCGUCUUUGAAGUCGUUGAUGCCUCGCUGCAGCGUUUCGCGGUGCGAAAGCGCAAGGAGUUCCUCAGCGAAGCAUGUCGAUACUGGACAUUGAAGCGUGAAUCCAGACGUGGUGCCGCUCUGCUCAAACGGCUGCAGUUGCAGUUGGACAGUUUCUCCUCAAUGGAACUCACCCGGCGCAACUUUGCCUCCAUGGGCCCUGAUGGCAAGGAGCGUCUCACUCGCCGCAUUGAGUUUGCUCAGACUCUCCUCAACGACCUCGAACAACUCAAGAACCUCUCUGAAAACUUGGUCGAGAGAGAGCAGCUCAAGCUUGACGCAGCUGAGCUCGAGCAGGAUUUCGUCGAUGAAUGCUACUUCCCCAUCGCCAAACUUCUCCUGCCGGCGGUGGAUAAGGCUAUUUCACUCGACAAGGACCUCUUCAUCGAUGGGUUCAAAACGCUUCAUCAAAGGGUGGAGAAACGCCACUACGUCAAGAUCCUCGCGUUUGCCCAGGACAUUGGUGAUAUUAUCCUUCAAGGCAUACUCUCGCCCCCUGAGACCCGCGUCAAUCCCGAUCAUUUGGAGGCACCUGAUGCCUCCCCAACUAAGAAUGUGUUCGCGGAUAUUCGUGAGCGUCGCAAGCUGGGCAAGCGUAUCUUGAAGGCAAUUCAACCUCAACUUGAAGCUGCUCUCAAAAUUGAGUGCGAGAUCUCCAAUGUCUCCUUUGAGACACUCCAGAAAGAAUUGGAGGCUAGAAUCGAGACCAGUCUGGGGCAUCAACAGCCACCGAUUGUGGUUCAGAGCCAGUAUAAUGUGGUAGAAGAGGAGGAGGAGGAAGAGGAAGAGGAGGAGCCUGAACAAGAAGAGGAGGAGCAGCAACAAGACGAAGAAGAUGACAGUCACGAUACGAUCAUGGUUGAUGCGACACCAUCAGAAAUUACGGUGAAGGCACGGCAGUCGGAGGAGGCGCAAGAUACCGAUGUCGAAGCUAUGGACAUCACAGUUCAUGUGAGAGGCUUGGAUGGCGGGAGCAUAGAUGUGAAUACAUCUGGACUCGGCAUCACCAAUGGUGACAUCGAGGUUUCCGAGGACAAGAUAACGCUGGAGCUCGAUCCACAAUCGGAGACUCCUCCAGGAAGUACCACGUUUGUACGGACAACUAAUAGGAGGCACAAGGAACCCCCAACACCGCCGCAAUCUAACGGUAGCCUGGGCAAGGAGUCUGACCCUCUUGCAGAAGGUGGUGUGCUGUGGUAUCUGAAAGAAUACCAGCCCCGUGGAACCUCCAUCGUGGGAGACCUCUGGGCCGCGGGGAGAGAUGCGGUCCGGAUGCUGAGUGAGGACCUCACUGACCUGGAUGACGACGAGCUUAAGGGGCUCGGCGCAGACGUCAAUGGGGCCACCUCCAUGGUGGUGGACACGGAGAUUGAGGAGACCGUGACAUAUCUCAGUGUAUCAAAAUCGCGGGCGACCACGUCGCCCCGGAAGCGGAGGACAUCGACUAGGAGGAGAUGA